AAUAAUAACAUUGGUUCCCCGCCUCACGCGCCCCCCCUGCUUCCUUAAUUCCACCGCCAGAUUCCUUCCCACGAAUCUAUUCCCCGUUUUGAAAGCAGCUUAAGAUUGGCUUCUUUGCGAAUAACAGAUCUUACUUGUUUCUAAAGACACUAAUUUCAGGUUUUAUGACAGUUUCAACACUUCAGUAAAAGGUGCGCGUGUCAGGUGAACAGUCAUACAUUUUUAGCAUAGAAUGGAAGAUGGAUUUUCAAGCUUCUGGGGUCCUGUCACAUCCACUGAUCGGUGUGAGAAAAAUUAUGUUCACUCAUCUUACAUUGCGGAGUUUUUCAACACUAUAUCCAGUAUACCAGGCAUUCUUUUUGCACUCAUUGGCCUUAUAAAUGCCCUGAGACAACGAUUUGAGAAGAGGUUUAGUGUCCUUCACAUAUCUAAUAUGAUACUUUCCAUUGGGAGCAUGUUAUACCACGCCACACUACAACGCGUGCAACAGCAAGGUGAUGAAACUCCAAUGGUGUGGGAAAUGCUUCUAUACUUUUACAUCCUCUAUUCACCGGACUGGCACUAUCGGAGUACAAUGCCUACUUUCCUGUUCUUUUAUGGAGUCGGGUUUGCAAUAGCCCACGCUCUCAUCCGCUUCGAAAUUGGCUUCAAGGUGCAUUACAUCGUUCUCUGCCUUCUCUGCAUCCCUCGAAUGUACAAAUACUACAUCUACACUAAAGAUAACUAUGCGAAGCGGCUUGCAAAGCUAUAUAUAGCAACUUUGUUCCUGGGAAGCAUAUGUUGGCUUAUGGACCAGGUAUUGUGCAAGGAGAUAUCUCAUUGGUACUUCAACCCUCAAGGUCAUGCUCUAUGGCAUGUCUUCAUGAGCUUCAAUUCAUAUUUCGCCAACACGUUCCUGAUGUUUUGUCGUGCUGAGCAGCGAAGAUGGGAUCCAAAAAUCGUCCACUUCUUUGGUGUUUUCCCUUAUGUCAAGAUUCAAAAGCCAAAGAGCCAGUGAAAAAAGGCAUGCUUGCUUCACAAGGCAAUUCUUUUUUACCCAGAAAAGAUGAAUGAAAGAAGGUUGUUUUGUCCCAUAUUUUAAAAUUCAUAUUAGCUUCAAAACCCCCAUCACUUUAAAUCUUGUAAGGCUUUCAUGGAUUUGGACUUGCAGAAAUUAGUUUCCUGUAUUUGUGAUAGAAAUAUGGGGGGGGGGGGAUUUUGGUUUUGAGGGUUUUCUUUUUUGUAUUCAACUUUUUAGAAUCUCAAUUAUAUAUUAAUGAUUUUUUUUCCCUGGUCA